AUGCACACAGACCUGGCUACCAUUGAAAACAUGGACGAACUGGGUACAUUCAAAUCCACAGUUUUUCCUUAUAAUGACAACUCUUUGGUCUGGAUCGGCCUGUACAGUAAAAUUGAAUGGAAAUGGUCAGACGGCUACACAGGACCUGGUGCGGAUUACAGGAACUGGGAGAUUGAGUUUGCCAGUGAACCAGACAAUAACGGAGGCGCUGAGUUCUGUGUGGAUGUUUCAUAUGACGGAACAUGGUGGGAUUAUUACUGUGAUGAAUUGACAUUCUUCAUCUGUUACAGAGGUAAGUGAAGGUGAAGACUUAGCCUUUUCGACCGGGCUGACUGUCCAAAUGUAGCUUAUCAUAGUUUAUGAUUUUAGAAUGGCACAAGAGUUGACCACUCAGAUUUCAAGGAGUUUAGAAAUGCCCCUGCCAAGAGAUGUUUUUAUUUUCAGACUGGUUUCUCUAGAAGUUCAUGUGGACUAUUUCUCAACUUCCCACUCUCUAACUGCAGGAACCCUGGAGAAUCCUGAGUUUGUUUAUGUCAAUACAAGACUGAACUGGACUGAUGCUCAGAGUUUCUGCAGAGAGAAUUAUGUAGACCUGGCCACUGUGAAGAGCAACGCUGAGAACGAUCUGAUCUACGACUUGAUACCAAAUGACAUUCACCCAUGGAUUGGUUUGUACAGAGACCCUCAGCUCCACUGGUCUGAUGGGAGCAACUUGACAUUCCAGUUCUGGGUCAAUGCUCCACAUCAGUUGAGCUCUGGGAGUGUGAUAUGUUCAACAGCAGACAUGUUCAAAUUAGGAAAAUGGAAGCUGAAGUCUUGUGAAACUAAAUUCCCAUUUGUGUGCUACGGUGACUCUCCAACCGGUAAGUAGACUGUCCUAAGGUAAAAGGGAGAUUUAGCUGCAUUAUAUAAGAAAAUCUUCUCUCAAACUGUUCUCAGAGGCUGAAGAAGGCAGCAAUAAUGUAUCAGAAGAUUCAAAUGCACCUGUCAGUGUACCAGAGACUAUGUACCAGAGGAAGGUGAUACAGCUGAAGAUGAGGCCAGAGAACUUUUCUACAGAUCUGAAUGAUCCUGCUGUGAAAGCAGACACCCUCCAAAAGGUAAGUAUCGAGAAAUGUGUAGGAGAGACCAGGUAUGGUUACAACACUAUUUGCUUUAACACUUUUAACUCACUGAGUUAGAGGUCUCAAACUUUAAUACAAAGUACCCACAUUUGUUUACUACAAAUGGCACCAAUUCAAACUUAAUAAUACGGUGAUCCUUUGUUACAACCUACCCCAGGUUGUUGGCCACAGCAGGCCACAGCAUGUGAUGUGCUUCAAUAAGAGGUGUGUGUGUGUGUGCGUGUGUGUGUGUGUGUGUGUGUGUGUGUGUGUGUGUGUGUGUGUGUGUGUGUGUGUGUGUUUGACUAAGGAGCAUGUGUAAACUAGUCUAGAACAAAUUUCCUUAAUGGUAUGAAUGCUUAAUGAGCACUACAGUGUAGCUGUGUGAUGAACAUGUUGGUGGGCCCAGAGCACAGACCGUAUAUAAAAUGGAUGUCUUUUGCCUCCUUGGUGGGUGAAGCCUCUACGAGAACAGCACACUCUGGUGGCGGGCUGCAGGAUAGGUCAUAAAUCCUGAAAUUUAAUAGGGCUGAGAACAAACUUUAGAAAUUAAUUCCACAGAAUAUAAUUCUUUCUCUCCCCUGGUUGCGAUGUUGACAUGUAUUUAUUGUUAAACUGUUUUGUGUUCAAGUCCUCUUUUAUUAGCCUGGCUGGGCCAUCCUGUUGCGUGAAUCACUUGCCGUUCCUUCACACAAACACAGUCACUGAUUGGCUCGGUUAUUUUCUGAUCGCUAAUACACGCUCCCAAUGGGCCGAAGUCCAGACUGUUGUGGGAAGGAACGGCAAGUGAUUCACGCAACAGGAUGGCCCAGCCAGGCUACUCUUUUAUCUGUGCAGCUCCAUUUUUAAAAGUUAGGGGUUUACUUUUUCUGUGAUUGACACUUGACACAGCCUAUGGGCUGCUGUAGACAGCAGGUUAGACAGAUGGUGCUUCCAAAAACACAACAGAAUUGAGCUGAUGCAUAAAAAUGACUUAUGUUUCCAGCUCCAGGACAGGCUGAAGGAGAGUGGGCUGAGUGGAGUCACCCUGAAGUGGAGAGAGCAGCCUGAUGGGAAAGUUUUCCACAAGGAGGCAGAAAGCCUUUAG